GUAGUGGAAAGUUCGUGAACUGUUUCCGGCCACCUCAGCGGGAAGUAGAGACGCAAGUAACUGGAUCUUUGGGAACUGAGGUAGAGCUGUAACUGUUAACGCAGCGGAGGAAGUGAGGACGACGCCUGCGGUUGUCUGGGCCAACGUUGGUUCCCUGUAGUCUGUGAAGAUGGUGUUGCUAACGAUGAUCGCCCGAGUGGCGGACGGGCUUCCCCUGGCCGCCUCUAUGCAGGAGGACGAACAGUCUGGCCGGGACCUUCAGCAGUAUCAGAGUCAGGCUAAGCAACUCUUUCGAAAGUUGAAUGAACAGUCCCCUACCAGAUGUACCUUGGAAGCAGGAGCCAUGACUUUUCACUACAUUAUUGAGCAGGGUGUGUGUUAUUUGGUUUUGUGUGAAGCUGCCUUCCCUAAGAAGUUGGCUUUUGCCUACCUAGAAGAUUUGCACUCAGAAUUUGAUGAACAGCAUGGGAAGAAGGUGCCCACUGUGUCUAGACCCUAUUCCUUUAUUGAGUUUGAUACCUACAUUCAGAAAACCAAAAAACUCUACAUUGACAGUCGUGCUCGGAGAAACCUUGGCUCCAUCAACACUGAAUUGCAAGAUGUGCAGAGGAUCAUGGUGGCCAAUAUUGAAGAAGUGUUACAACGGGGAGAGGCACUCUCAGCAUUGGAUUCAAAGGCUAACAAUUUGUCCAGUCUGUCCAAGAAAUACCGCCAGGAUGCAAAGUACUUGAACAUGCGUUCCACUUAUGCCAAACUUGCAGCAGUAGCUGUGUUUUUCAUCAUGUUAAUAGUGUAUGUGCGGUUCUGGUGGCUGUGAACUAGCAAAUCUGGUCCCUGGCAAGGAGAACCUAGAACCCGGCAGGUGUAUGUUUUCAGGAAGCUGAGCUCACAGGGAUGUGUAUUAGAAUCCACAUUAGAACCCAUGUGGAACUUCUGCCUCUAAACACCUUGGGAGGAAAGACGUGUCCUGAAAAUGAAAGGUCACACCUCAUUUAAUGAAGCUUAACCCUAUGUAGAAAGUCUCUCUUGGGGGCAGAGGCUUUCUCUGGGUGCUAAGCCAUAUAUGUUAGGGAACAGUAGAUUGUUUCAUUUUGUUUUUUCCCUCCCAGCAUUUUACAUUCUUUAAACAGCACUGACUGGGGCAUUCUCAUUCUCUAAUGGAGCCAUCAGUGAGAUUUGGCUUAACCAACCUGUGCUAGCAAAAUUCUGAAAUUCCUUCAGAGAAGACAGCCCAAUGGGAAGUUUUUGAUUCUAAUCAACAUUCCUUUUGUUGGUGACAUUUCUGAUUUUCUAUAAUCUGAAUUUUUGUUGGUCUUUCAAACAAGACUCCUGCGUGAAGGUUAUUUGCUGUGCUGCACAGAGCUUGUCUUUUGGCCCCUGUAGGAAGUUAACCCUUACUUUCCUUUUAUAAUAUUUGCUUAUUGCACAAUUGCUUUAGGAUUAAAUGAAUUAUAUUAUGAUGCCUUGAAAUUGUAUCAUAGCACUCCUUAAUUAAGAAGCUAAAAUGUUUUCUGUCAUUUACUCCUUAAACAAAAGAC